AUGCUCCUCGCUCCCUCUCAUCAUGCUGCAGGUGUCCCCUCGCGUGUGCUACCAGCUCCUGAGGGAGGGGGAGAAUUUGCUACUAUACCCGGGUGGCGGCAGGGAGGAGACCUUUCAGUUCUCACAACCCCACCCUCCCAAUCCCUGUCCUGCUCAAACCCUCCCCACUCGCUGCAGGUAUCCCCCCGAGCAUGCUACCAGCUGCUGAGGGAGGGGGAGAACUUGCUGCUGUACCCGGGGGGCGGCAGGGAGGUGGGGAAGCGGAAGAACGAGAAGUACAAGCUGUUCUGGCGCGAUACGACUGACUUUGUGCGCAUCGCGGUGCGCUGUGGUGCCACCAUCGUGCCGUUUUCUACUAUCGGGGUGGAAGACGCAUUUGACGUGCUCAUGGACCCCGACCAGACACCACCGACUUUGUGUGCAUUGCCGUGCGCUGUGGCUCCACCCAUCCUGCCGUUUUCCACCAUUGGAGUGGAGGACGCAUUUGACAUGCUCAUGCAUCCUGACGAGAUCAUGUUCUCUCCCAUCGGCCCCUGGUUGAAGCCAGCACUACAGGCCACGGGCAUGCAGACGGUCCCCUUCCCCCUCGCCUCCUCACAGCCCCCUUAUUCUUUCCUCUCCUUCCCAACCCUCCCCACGUCUCCUCUCUCUGCUCCUCCCAUGCCUGAUCUCAGGGAAAUUAUGUCCUCUCCCAUUGGCCCCUGGCUGAAGCCAGCAUUGCAGGCCACGGGCAUGCAGUCGCCCCCCUUUCCCCUCGCCUCCAAUGCCGGCCUGCUGCCGCGCCCCCAGCGCCUCUACUUCCUCUUCUCUGACCCCAUCCGCACGGACGGGCUUGACCCCACGAUCAUACGAGACAAGGAGGAGUGCAGCAGGAUCUACCAGGUGGGUCAGUUCAGUGGGUCUCCCUCCUUGCCUGUCUGCAUGCAAUCCCCCCUGACUGGCUGGGUUGUCUGCUGCCGCGCCCCCAUCGCCUCUGCUUCCUCUUCUCCGACCCCAUCCGCACUGACGGCCUUGACCCCACCAUCAUACGCGACAAGGAGGCGUACAGUCUGCCAUGGAAUGCUCCAUCCUCCCACUCAAUUCGUCUCCACUACACCUUUAAACGGCGUGCACAUGGACCUUGGGGGUCCUGCUCCAGUUCGUUCUCGUGGUGGGCUUUCCUACUUCCUUGUCAUCAUUGAUGACUCCCCCCGCUAUCACGGUGCCAAGGGAUUUACCCAAAAGCAAGGAUCCGACUUCUUUGAGACGUUUUCACCCACAGCCAAAACCCCCACACUACACUCCCUUCUUGAUGUUGCUGCUCGAGAUGACAUAGAGGCUAACUGCACGGAAGUGACUUCUGCCUUUCUCCAAGGGGUCCUUUGA